UCGUCUGCUAGUUUGCUCUUGUUUCGCUAUUAUAAUACUUUCGAGAAAUAAUUUUUAAUUUUCUAAGAAAUUCUCCAAAUAUUGAAUUCAUUAAUUAAAUUCGGAUUCAUAAUUCUUGUGAAUAUAAAAAAGAAAUUAAAUUAUUACUUGGGACAUGUACUUUUUGCAAAAAUCAAUAACGACGUCAAAAAUUAUAGUAUAUCAAGAGCGAGUGCACUAUGUUGACCCUACAAUUUGGACAAUGUGGCAAUCAAUUGGGUCACAAUUUUUUCACUCAAUUAUCGACUGACAUAAAUUCCCGGGACAAAAACGUGUCUCGCGAUGAUAAUUAUCAAUAUACGGAAAGCGCAAUUGAAAAAUGGUUUGAAGGCAUUAACAAUGAUGGCUGUCGUUUAGCAAGAACAAUUCUCAUCGACACAGAGGCGAAGGUAUUGAAAAAUAUAUGUCGACAAACCAAUUCACAAUGGACCUAUCGAAAGCAAAAUUUAAUUUGCCAAACAUCGGGAGGCUCUGCCAAUAAUUGGGCCUAUGGAUAUUUAAUGAAAGGACCACAAUUCAAGGAGGAAACACUCGAGGCCAUUAGGAGGGAAAUCGAACGAACAGAUCGUCUCGAAGGUAUGUUAUUUCUUCUCAGUUCUGCAGGUGGCACUGGAUCUGGAGUUGGUAGCUAUUUCAUUGAUAAUUUACGAGAGGAAUUUCCAACAAAAACAUUAAUUGGCUCAAUAAUAUUGCCCUUUACUUCCGGUGAAGUUGGAACACAAAAUUACAAUACACUAUUGACACUGGCAAAAUUCAAUGAAAAAUGUGAUAUUAAUUUUCUAUUCGAGAAUGAACAAAUACAUUCAAUUUGUACGAGUAUUUUAAAAAAUUUCGACGCCAAUUUAAAGAAUAUCAAUGAUGUAAUUUCGAGAAAAUUGGCAGCAAUUUUUCAACCUGUGGAAAAUUGUUUAAAUGCAAAUUCUCUGGUUUCGUUAGUGACACCGCAUCCUAGUUAUAAAUUGGCUUCAAUUAAAAGUGUUCCCUAUAUUCCAUUGAAUUCAUCGAUAUAUGAGUCUUCGUACAAGUGGCAUUCACAUAUUGGACAUUUAAAGCAAACUUUACGCGUGGGAGUGUUUAAUGAUAGUGUAAUUGAUCCUGAGACGAGAAAAAUAUCACACGCACCGUACGAUAGAAAUUAUCAUAAAUAUUGUAAGUCAAUUGGAAAUAUUUUAAUAACACGUGGAACAUCGCUUGAAAAUGAUUCAAUAGUUUAUGAUGAGUUGAAAAAAAAUGAUUUAUACGCGAAAUGGAUGCCAGAAUUAGAGAGAUUCACACAUUUUAAUCAACGACGACGUCUUUUAAAUCAGGAGAAAUUUGUUGCUUUAAUUACUAAUAAUUCGCAAAUUCAUCGUUCUUUAGAAAUUAUUGUUGAUCGUGCAUGGAAAAUGUAUACGCACGGUGCAUUUUUACAUCAGUAUAAAAAAUUCGGUUUAGAAGAAGAUGAUUUUCUUCAUUCGUUUGCCAAAGUUGAGAAUAUUGUCAAAAGUUAUAGGGAAUUAGACAAUGAAUGACAGUCAGGUAUUUGUUUAAUUUUAUUUAUUACAGUCAUUUUUUGACACAUAAAUUGUUAUUUCUUCACAUAUAAAUAGUCAUUUUCGUAUAAGUAACAAUUCUUUUCGAUAGUCAUUUUAAAAUGAAUAUUUAUUUAUAAAAAUAGUCAUAUUAACCCUCGGAGAACACACCUCUUUUUUAGACUAUUUUUCAAAGCUCAACCAAUUUUAAACUGCUCAUCUAAUCAAGCUAAAGAAUUUUUUUAAUUAUAGUUUAAACUCUGUAGAAUAAGUCUGUACACUUGAAAGUCCUUAUUGAAAAUAUUAAAAAAAGAUAAAAAGCUUUUCGUAAAAAAGCGUGGGGUCAAAAAGACCCCAUGUGUUCUCCGAAAGUUAAAAUUACUAUUUAAUAUUUAUUUAUAAAAACAAUCAUUUUACAUAUUAAUAGUCAUUUGAAAGCUGUGAUUUUUAGUCAUUUUUAACGUAGGGAUUUUUAUAAAGUUUUUAAAAUGAUUUUACAAAUGUAAUUAUAUUUUUUUAUACAAUACAGAAAUUGAGAGACAGAGAAAAAAUAA